ACCCGUAUUGUUUCCUUCUUCCAGCACCACAGCCUUUUGCUCUGAUUUCGCUUCUUCAGAAACCUUUUUACUCUCUCGUUGGACGGCAUAUGACAAUCUAGUAUAUCUCUACGUUAUAACUCUCCAUCAGCUAUGGCUCGUGGCAAUUUCUCUGGUUCUUCUCGUAGAGGCAGAGGAUUCUCAAAGUUUGCAUAUCGCGGAAAUGGCUCCUUUCGUGGAGGGAGAGGUCGCGGACGUGGGAGAGGGGGUGCACCGUCCGAGAAACAACCGCAGAGAGACGACGAUGGCACACAGCUUACGGAGCGCUUUGAGCAAGUCAGAUUGCAAGACGAGAUUGACGAGAAACUUGGAUUUCCACGCAUUCAAGAGGGAGCUGUGAGGGAAGGCUGGCUGAUUAACAUGCAUCCAACGUUAGUGAAGGAUGCAGAUUGGCCAGGUGGAAAAGCUGCUGUCGACUUUUUCUUCAUCCAGGAUGACGGAGGGUCCUUCAAAUGCACGUUUCAAUACGAACCGUACUUCUAUAUUGCAUGCAAGAGCGGAAUGGAAUCAACAAUCGAGGAGUGGUUGUUGAAGAAAUAUGAGGGCGCCAUCUGUCGUAUUACACGUGAACGAAAGGAGGAUCUCAAAGUUCCAAAUCACCUUCUAGGACAUCGCCGUCUAUACUUACAGCUUCAUUUUCGUAACGUGUCCGACCUUCUCACAGUAAGAAGAGACAUCAUGCCUCUUGCUCUGGCCAACAGCGCCAAAUUGGACGCGGUGGAUGCCUAUGCAGAGGUCGUCCAGGCCACAGCGGAUGGUGCGAGUAUGUCCAUUGAAAUGGAGAGCGAGUUUGGUGUGGAAGCAGAGAUCACAAAUACUGGCCGGUAUUCGAGGGAUAAAGAUCCGCGCGAAGGUAUCAUCGACAUUCGAGAGUAUGAUGUGCCGUAUUACCUUCGUGUUGCCAUGGACAACGAAAUGCGCGUCGGUAUAUGGUAUGCAGUAUCGUUCACAGCCGGACAACCCGCCUUCAAGCAGAUUGUCGAGCGUGUCAAGCGUGCUGAUCCUGUCGUGAUGGCGUACGAUAUCGAAACGACAAAGGCACCACUCAAGUUUCCUGACCAAGCCCUUGACCAAGUGAUGAUGAUUUCAUACAUGGUCGAUGGUCAGGGAUACCUCAUCACCAACAGAGACAUUGUCAGCGAGGACAUCGAGGACUUUGAAUACACUCCGAAAGAAGGAUAUGAAGGGCCAUUCAUAGUUUUUAAUGAAGCGGACGAAGCUGCAACGAUACAGCGGUUCUUCUCUCACAUUCAGGAUGUCAAGCCUACCGUUAUGGCCACAUUCAACGGAGACUUUUUUGAUUUUCCAUUCCUCUGUGCCCGAGCCAAGGUGCAUGGGAUCGACAUGUUUGUCGAGAUUGGAUUCGCGAAGGACUCUGAAGACGAGUUCAAAAGCAGAACCUGCGUUCAUAUGGACUGUUUUCGCUGGGUGAAACGAGACUCUUACCUUCCACAAGGAAGUCAGGGUUUGAAAGCCGUUACCACUGCGAAACUUGGAUACCAUCCUAUCGAGUUAGACCCUGAGCUGAUGACACCAUAUGCGAUGGAACAACCCCAGGUCCUCGCGCAGUACUCCGUUUCCGAUGCAGUGGCAACUUACUACCUCUAUAUGAAAUACGUCCACCCGUUCAUCUUCUCACUCUGCAACAUAAUCCCUCUGAACCCGGACGAAGUGUUGCGAAAAGGUUCCGGCACACUAUGCGAGACUUUGCUCAUGGUUGAAGCUUUCCGUGGAAACAUCAUCAUGCCGAACCGCCACGAGGAGUCGCACGGGAACAUGUAUGAAGGUCACUUGCUCGCCUCUGAGACGUACGUUGGAGGACAUGUUGAGGCUUUGGAAGCGGGCGUGUUCCGAAGUGACAUCCCUACACAUUUCAAGAUCGUACCUGAUGCUGUACAGAAGUUGAUCGACGAACUGGACCACGCGCUGACAUUCUGUCUCGUAGAAGAAUCCAAGUCAUGUCUGGAAGACGUGAUUAAUUAUGACGACGUCAAAGCUCAAAUCCAGAGCGCACUCGAAGAAAUGCGGGACAACCCUCAACGCGUUGACAAACCGCUAAUUUAUCAUCUGGAUGUUGCAGCCAUGUAUCCCAAUAUAAUGUUAUCAAAUCGACUCCAACCGGACUCGGCGGUAGACGAAUCUGUUUGCGCUGUUUGCGACUACAAUCGUCCAGGCAAAGCUUGCGAUCGGCGAAUGACGUGGGCCUGGAGAGGGGAGUUCUUCCCAGCAAGACGAGACGAGUACAACAUGAUCCGACAUGCGCUCAAUCAGGAAAGUUUCCCGCCCAAGAAACCAGGCGGGCCUCAGAGAAAAUUCGUCGACCUCUCUGACGCGGAACAAACUGCUCUUCUGCACAAACGUCUUGGAGACUACUCUCGCAAGGUUUACAAGAAGAUCAAGGACACGAGGGUGGAGAACCGCGAGGCAAUCAUUUGUCAAAGAGAGAAUCCAUUCUACAUUGAUACCGUACGUCGCUUCCGUGACCGUCGAUACGAGUAUAAGGGUCUACACAAGACAUGGAAGAAGAACCUUGAUACCGUGCUUGAGGAAGGACGAACGAUCGCCGAGGUCGAUGAGGCAAAGAAGAUGAUUGUCCUGUACGACUCGUUGCAGUUGGCGCACAAGUGCAUUCUCAAUUCAUUCUAUGGCUAUGUCAUGCGCAAAGGUGCGCGAUGGCAUUCGAUGGAAAUGGCCGGAAUCACCUGCUUGACUGGUGCGACUAUCAUUCAGAUGGCAAGGCAACUCGUGGAGCAGAUUGGCCGGCCUUUGGAAUUGGAUACGGAUGGUAUCUGGUGCAUGCUUCCAAGCGUCUUCCCGGAGAACUUCAAGUUCAAGCUGAAGAAUGGGAAAUCAAUCGCAUUCUCUUAUCCAUGUACUAUGCUCAACCAUCUCGUUCACGCCCAGUUCACGAACCAUCAAUACCACGACCUGGAUCCUGAAACUGGAGAGUAUGUCGUGCAUAGCGAGAACUCGAUCUUCUUCGAAUUGGACGGACCAUAUAGAGCAAUGAUCCUUCCAUCCUCCAAAGAAGAAGAUAAGUUGUUGAAGAAGCGUUAUGCGGUAUUCAAUGAGGAUGGUUCCCUUGCCGAAUUGAAGGGUUUCGAGGUCAAGCGAAGAGGAGAACUGCAACUCAUCAAAAUCUUCCAGUCCCAGAUCUUCGAGCAGUUCCUUCUCGGUACGACAACUGAGGAAUGCUACGCCGCCGUGGCUCAGGUCGCCGAUCGCUGGCUUGAUGUCCUCUUCAGCAAAGCCGAUAGUCUCAGUGACGAGGAAUUGGUUGAGCUCAUUGCCGAGAACAGAAGUAUGUCUAAGACAUUGGCCGAAUAUGGUGGCCAGAAAUCGACUUCCAUCAGUACCGCCAAACGUCUUGCCGAAUUCCUGGGUGACCAAAUGGUUAAAGACAAAGGUCUUGCUUGCAAGUUUAUCAUCUCCGCAAAACCCAUAGGCGCACCCGUCACUGAGCGGGCGGUUCCAGUCGCGAUUUUCUCUGCCGACGAGAGCGUGAAACGAGUGUAUCUUCGCAAAUGGCUAAAGGACAAUGGCUUGACUAACUUCGAGUUGCGAUCCAUCCUAGACUGGGACUACUAUAUUGAACGUCUAGGGUCUGUCAUUCAGAAGCUCAUCACGAUCCCUGCUGCCAUGCAGAAGGUUGGCAACCCCGUUCCUCGGAUACAUCACCCAGAUUGGUUGCAUCGACGGGUGACAGCGCUGGACGACAAAUUCCAUCAACACAAGGUGACGGACUUCUUCAGGAAAAUGACCGUGGAUGAGCAGGUUGAUGAGUCGAUUCCCAUGGACGUUGAAGAUUUCGGAGAAAACACGACCAGCAACCCAAUUCGACCUCGGGUUGCAGUAGUUAAUCGGAAAUCCGCUCGCAAACAAGCAAAGAAGUCUACAGACAAAGAUGAAUCGAGGCAUACUGGUGUUGAUCCCAAAGUUAGCUAUUCUGACUGGUUGCGAGCAAUACGGCCCCGAUGGCGACGAACAUUGGCUGGAAACCCGGUCGGCGAUAAUCUAGUUGUCCCUUCCAUCUUCAAAGGUGUUCGUACAAAGGCUCUUAGCAAUCGCUGGGAUAUAAUACAGAUUCGACCCACUCGCACACCUGGAAGAUUCAUCAUGUGGGUUUCUAUCGAUCACAGUUUGACUCCCAUCCCGCUGCGCGUUCCUCGAGAGUUCUAUCUCCAUCAUCGAACACCUCCCAAGACGGGCCGGUUCAAUACCGAUCUUUACAGCAGCGAGAAGGUUGUCCGACAUUUACCAAGAGACGCUCCUUGCGCCAACUUGUACAAGAUAUCUGUCAAGGAAGAUAUCUAUAUUCAGGGUCGCGAGCACUUCAUCGACCUGACCAACGAUCCCAAUGUGGACGGGGUGUACGAAACACAGAUCCCCCUGAUCACUCGGGCUUUGCUCAGACUUGGGAAAGUCUGUGUUCAUGAAGUGCCCGGACUGACCUUGAACCGAGCUGAAGUCACCGGGUUCGACCUUCACCAGCUUGACCGUGCUACUUCCCAUUCUUCACGAUACAGAUAUCUCGAUGAGGGCAGAGCCGGGAAAUAUGUCUUCCUCUACCACGCUUGCUCAACAACUGCACCCGUCCACGUCUUCGCCAUCUUCCUUCCGCAAGGUGGUGUGCGAUUACAUAUCGUUGACCCUGCUACGCGUCGACAACCGAUCACACGCUUGUCGGAGAUUUACCAGGAGUCGCUGCACAAGAAAUUGCAAACAGCAGGACCCAAUAUCUCCAUUGAUUACCCUUCGUUGCAUGACUUCUCAUCCACUUAUCAUGGCAAUGAUGCCACUGCACUGAAGGCAAUCUCUCGAGAACUUGGACUCAUGGAGAACCAAUCGUACGUGCUCGUAAUAUCGUCUACGAAGGAUAUGUCCUACUUCGAAUUUCAAGUUCCCAAGCUCGCAAAGUUCCCUGUUUUGUCCAUGCCAAAAACUCGCGCGCCCCAUUCACUAGAUGUUUUCCCCUGGCAGCCCGCCGUCGCCCAGAAGAUGAUUGGGCGAUAUCUCGCAAUGGGCACCUGGCUUGAUCGGACAGUGGCUUUGGCCGACUAUUAUGACGUCCCGAUAGGACACAUUGAGGGAGACCAGCCUCUUCUUUUGGCUGAUCUCGACUUUGCUCGGAGAUUGACCAGCCAGGAUAUCAUUCUAUGGUGGUCUCCAGGUGACCUUCCAGAUCUAGGAGGUAUUCAGAACGACAGGAGACCAACAGAAGAUCUACCCAAAACCGAGUUCAUGUCACCUGGUUCUUACUCCAAUGUCUGUCUUGAGAUCACGGUGCGCAAUCUGGCUGUCAACGCGGUACUACAUUCGGUUAUUCUCAACGAACUGGAAGGCAGUGGCGGCGCCACAGCUUUCGAUUCAUCACGUACUCUGGACGAAUACGCAGGCCCAGAUGUUCAACAAGACUUGACACUGGGGGAAUCCAGCCUAUCACCUUUUGUAUUUUCGAUCUUGAAGAACAUGGUUAAGACCUGGUUGAUCGACAAGAUUCAAGGCAACUUUGAAAGCCCAGCGUCCAUUACUGUCGAUCAUUUUUGGAGGUGGAUAAGCUCCACUUCUUCGAACCUAUACGAUCCAAGCAUUCAUCGGUUCAUUCAUGGGCUCAUGCGCAAAACCUUCAUCCAGAUGCUCGCCGAGUUCAAACGCCUGGGUUCGCACGUUGUUUAUGCCGAUCUAAGCCGAAUCCUGCUGGUUACUUCAAAGCCGCCAGGAACGGCGCAUGCUUAUGCUACAUACAUAACCACGGCCGUGACUUCACACGAGCUCUUCCAACACGUCUAUCUCAAUACCGAGCGUUUUUACGAUUUUCUGCUCUUUAUGGAUGAGGCCAACCUCGGCGGCGUGGUUUGUGAAGAUCCACUUGCGGUGGAGACUCCUGAAGAACUAUGCAUCGAGAUGCGUUGGAAUAUCGAGAAUUUCUUACCUCCCGCAAUCCAAAAAGAUUUCAGGAACGUCUUGCGCUUUUUCCUGGUCGAAUUCUUCAGGGCUUGCCAGAAGAGUGUUGAAGGUCCUAGGCGACCAUUGAGAGUUUUACAGAAUGGCGGGCCUGAUGCAACUCAACGUGAUGCAGUCAAGGCGAAAGAGCAAGAGCUCAGCCGGGAAUUUAUCUCGCGUCGCCUCACUCGCAAGAUGCUCAAGGUCGUCGGCAGUAUACUGGAACGUCAUCGUUAUGCAAUGAUGGACGAAGAAGCACUCGCGCAGUGGGACUUCCCCCAACUUCCCGGCUCAUAUAUGGACGCGACAAACCCCGUUCUCGAGUUUGUCAAGUCCGCUUGCGCUGUCUUCGUCUUGUCUAAGGAGCAUCAAAUUGAAGUCGGUUUACUCAAACGAAAUUUGCUAGAGCUGGUUGGCGUGCGAGAGUUCGCUAACGAGGCUAUCUUCCACAAUCCCUGCGAACCUCUCAAACUCUCCAAUGUUCCAUGUAGACAUUGUGAUAGUUUGCGAGACUUUGACUUCUGUCGGGACCCAGAGCUUCUGCCUAACAACAGGGAUGUUCAUGCUCGAUGGUCGUGUUCAAAUUGUGGAGGCGAAUACGAUCGGACGAUGAUCGAGUUCGCCCUUAUAGAGAUGGUGCAUGAACUUGAGCUCAGGUACGCCCAGCAGGACCUGCGGUGUGUGAAGUGCAAGCAAAUUCAGUCCGAUAACAUCUCACGUCACUGUCAAUGUUCCGGAAAGUACCAACUUACGGCGAGCAAAACCGACAUCCGAAGGAGACUUAGCACGAUUGUGUCGGUGGCACAUGUGCAUAACCUUCAUCGACUCAAGGAAUGCGCUGAGAUCAUCUUCAGUAAUUGGGGAUGAUAACCGCAAUCAUUCUUGUUGUGGUUGACAUAUUGUUGUUUUGCUUUUGCUAUCCCGCACCGCUUUCGAUCUUGCAUACCCAUAACUUAUCAAUACCUGCAAACACACUGUACACUAUCCUUGCAACCGGAUUUAUCACCAGGUUAAACUUUGAUGCCGGCUGCCCUAGAAAAGUGCAAACUCGUAGCCUAAGUAGUCUCUCAACUUUGUCAUACCUGCACUCCAAUACCCACCAGCGCUGAUUCGCUGCUUUCUUAAGAGAAGCUUUUCCC